AUAACAAUGCGCAACUAGACUUAUACUCCACAACAACACAUCCCUAAUGCCACGCUUACUACCAUGGCUAACAAAAGACGACCUUCGCGGAAAACGUGAUCGCAGCACUCCGACCCCUGUAGCUGAAGUACAACCGUCUACUCGACGACGGACUGGUGUUGGUCUUCGGACGCCUUCACCAGGCGUAUCAAGCAAUAAUGGCGGUGAUCGCAGCGGGAAGCAGAAGUCUGGUCAGAAUACUACAAAUAUUGAUUUUUUAAGAUCAUCCCGGAGUCCGCCUACAUCACCGAUAGCAUCUCCCCCCACCGAAGAAUAUAUAAUCCCCGGCUUCGACAACGACGACAUGUACAUCAUGGUCGAAGACGAAUUCUACGCUAUCGCACAACAAUUCACGCGCCAUCUACAUCACGCCGAAUACAUCCGUCGCAAAAAGCAAGCUAAGAAAUUGAAUGCGUCCGUCUUGCGAAAUAUGGAGAGACCGACGGAUGGAAAGACGGCGAUGAGUAAGAGGAUGCUGAAACGGAAGGAAGCUGAACGGCUUCGAGAGAGGCAGAAGAAAGGGUUGGAGCCGAUGUCGAGGAGGCCUGAUAAUGAUAGCGAUACUGAUGGGGAUGGUGGGCUCGAAGAAAUUGGGGAUGAGGAGGAAGAGUGUGAAGAUGAUCCGUGGUAUGGAACUUCGUUGCAUGCUUUUAUGACAAGUCCGCGCAAGAAUAAGUCUCUUGUGGGAUUGGAGAGGAUUAGGUCAAAGACUAGAGCGGCGGCUGGGUUUGAGUCGGAAGUUACGGCGAGGCCUCCUACGAGUAAUUCUUCAAGGCCCGGGUCGUCUUUAUGGAGGGAAGAUGCGCAGUCAGCAGGUAACGAUGAGUUACAGGCGACUUCUUCGGGAGACGAUGAUGAUCUGGAGAUUGUUGAGGCCAAGUCGAGUAGACCGAAUCCAUUACCAGAGUCGAAAGUCCGUGUGCGAACGAACACUGUCAAGAAAGAAUCGCCGGAGGUUGGUAAUAUAAGGCCUAAAACUCAGCAGAACACUGUCAAACGUCGAGAAGUUGCAUUCGAGAACCAACGAACGAGUACUACCACCUUACAUCCCCAACACGCCGUUAUCAAACAGAAACAUGUUCACGCAAAAGACCUAAAAUCUGAAUUCAAAAAGGAAACAUUCACCACAUCUACCAAACCCUCUACUCUCAACAGACCAAGGAAAAGAAUAUUUCUGGACGAAUUGGAUGAUACUGAUGUUAAAACUAAUGAUACAUCAAGAAAUGAUGAUAUAAUACAGGACCAGCCUCGAAAAUUACUAUCAACAACAGCAGCAAAGGAGUCUCGUUCCACGUAUCGUACAACAUCCGAGCAAAAGCAACAAGAUAAGACGGCCAAAAGAUCCCGUAUCAGCGAUAUUCCGAUGUUUCUGGUGUGA